UAUCACAUAAGCACUCCUUUAGCAGCAUUCAUACUCUCACUCUCUCUCCUCCUCCUAUUACCAUCCUUUAUAUAUACACUCCAUCUUCUCCAUCUCUCCCUCCUCCUCCCACACCGAUCAUCAUCCUCCUCCUCCUCCUCCGACGAUCUCUCUCCUAUCAUCUCGCUUCUCAAAAUCACUUUCUUUAUCUAUGAUGACCUCGUCGAAUGAUCAUCUUUUUCAUAACCUACCACCACGGCCAAUUACAACAGACAGAACAUGGAGUAAUGCCCAUAUUGUUCCUGCUCCUAAUUGCCCACGUUGUGCUUCGUCCAACACAAAAUUUUGUUAUUAUAACAAUUACAGUUUAUCUCAACCAAGGUACUUCUGUAAGGGGUGCCGGAGAUACUGGACUAAGGGCGGGUCCCUUAGGAAUGUUCCUGUUGGUGGUGGAUGUCGUAAGAGCCGUCGAUCAAGGGCUUCCAGGGGAUUUUCUAGUACUGCAUCGGGUCCUCACUCGGAUGAUCACUUGUCACCCAACUCGUCGUCAACUGGUUCCGAGUCUGGCUGUCCUGACAUUGACAUGGCAGCAGUUUUCGCCAAGUUCUUGAACCCUGGGCAAGGCAAUGUCAAUGAAGAAAUGAAUGAGGCAACAACACACACAUCUUCUGAUGUUUCUCAUGGUUCUCCAAUAUCCAGCUCUUGUGGGCUGGAAAAUAAUUUCGAGUAUCAGAAGUUAGCCGAUGAUACUUUCGAUCUUGUACCAUCUGAUCAUCACCCACAUCUUCAAACAGAAGAGGUGAAUCAAGGUUUCAUUAGCCCUGAUUUGACCUCUUUCGAUGAUCUCAUAGAAGAUGUUUUCUGGUCAGAAGACACUAAUUUUUCUGGCUUCACAUGGCAGCCGGUAGCGCAGAUACAGGAAUUCGAUUCACCGAUUCCACCAGCUGAUGAAUCACAGAAUUCAACAAAUCUGUUCUCCAGUGAUAACUGGAGUUACUUCGAUAGCACAGGAUUUGAAGCAUUUUCUGGGCCUUGACAAUCCAUGAAGAUGGAAAAUUUUAACAUCAGAAUUCAGCUCCUGCUGCUUGAAGCCUCAAGGCUUCAGAAGUAUAUAAAGUUGACGAUACUUUCUCUAAGCUAAGCCAUUAACAAUUUUUUUCCUAAGCUACAGGAGAUCUUCCCCCUCUUGUAAUCCUGUAAGCAUUAUUUGGUAUAUAGAAUAACUAUACUAUGAAAAUCAAAAGUCAACAUACUCAUAAUCAGAAGAUACAGCUUGUCAGAGUUUAUUAUCUUCCAACAUUUCUGAUUGGCAUGAUAAUUGAUACCA